ACGAGGUUACCUCAGAAAUCUUUGCUUUGAAUUUGUGAGUUCACGUGAAGACAGCCAUCAAUAUUGCCUUGCGCAAGUUGUUUUCUUGUGCGCAUGAUCUGAGCAAAAGGCGAGGGAAAGCCCUGCCAUGGGUUUUCAAGCGAGGUAGUCAUAGCAGCCUACGACACGAACGAAACGAAUGCAUUCUCGUCCAUGUGAAGGGGGAAAAAAGCAUUAAAUAUCAAUAAAAAAAUUAGGUCCUAUGUACCCGGGAGUCGGUGCUUUAAACUGAAGAGCAACAGAAAGAUUACUGAUCAAGUUUGAACAUAGCAAUGCAGGAUGCUUGGGAUUGUCGAAUUCAGAACGCUGGACAGCUCCGUCAGAACGCUGGAAGUCUUGUAGGAGUUAAAUUUCCCGACGAGGAAUGAAUUGUUGAGGAUGUGUGACAGUGGAUCAAGCAGGGGAUAAUGCACAGAUAUCGACAAACGCCAGUAAUCAGCUGGUGACAUUUUGGAUUGAGAAAUGGACUUGGCGGAAAUCCUCUUGGCGUUGUUUAUCGGUGUGAUCGCGAUUGUCUCUUUAUUAUCGAACUUACUGGUGCUGCUAUGUUUUGUCUACAGCACCGACAUCCGCAGGCAAGUUCCGGGAAUAUUUACCAUGAACUUGUCUCUCUGCAAUAUACUUAUUACCAUUUUAAACAUGCCAUCGACGUUGCUGGGGAUUAUUAAAAACCAACAGCCUUUUGGAGAUUGCGUAUGUCACACUGUAAGCUUUCUGGAGACUUUUUUGACUGCAAACACAAUGCUGAGCAUGGCAGCUCUGAGCAUAGACAGGUGGAUCGCUGUAGUCUUUCCGCUGAGUUACUCCAACAAAAUGAGAUACAAGGACGCGGUAAUCAUGGUGUGUUAUUCGUGGCUUCAUUCCCUCACUUUUUCGUUAACCUCUCUGCUUUUGUCCUGGGUCGACUACAGCCACAUAUACGCGUCCUGCACCUUACAUUUGAACGAGGAGAGCGAAAGGACAAAGUUUACAGUAUUCACCGUCGUGUUCCACGCAACGAGUUUCAUGCUCUCCCUCCUGAUAUUAUGCUUUACUUACUUAAAGGUUUUAAAAGUAGCGCGGUUUCACUGCAAGAGGAUUGACAUAAUAACCAUGCAGACCCUUUUCUUGCUGGUAGAUAUUCACCCCAGUGUUAAGCAACGCUGUCUCGCGGAACAGAAAAGGAGGAAACAACGGGCUACCAAGAAAAUAAGCAUUUUUAUUGGAUCGUUUAUUUUCUGUUUUGCCCCUUAUGUUAUCACGAGGCUGACCGAACUCCUUCCGCACGUGGGGAUUAACCGCCAUUGGGGCAUCGUGAGCAAGUGCCUGACGUACAGCAAGGCAGCCUCCGACCCCUUCGCGUACUCCCUCCUGCGGCAGCAGUACAAGAAAGCGCUGAUUAGCAUCGCCAACAGGCUGCUGAAGAGGGAUCUUUAUCCCUCCUCUGGGCCCAACAGUUCCUUAGACACGGAGAACGACUACAGCCUACAAAGAGUGAGCUAGCGUGAUGCGCGCGGGCAGCACCGCUGGAGACAGUAAUCAACACCUGGGAUUAUAGCAGAGUCGUGUCCUUUCAGAGAUCACCAUUCAAAGCCCGUACAAAUAAAUUAUUGACCGAGCUAAACAUCCGUGACUCAGACCAUGCCAAAUUGAGGAACUGGAUCACGCGGAAGGAUGCUGUGGCUGAGGAAUUUUCUGACAAGUUACAAAAACAAGAGCGCAUCUACUGGCAAGCUCAUUAUUUCCUUGCAAAAUCAAAAACAUUCCGUAAACCAAUAGCUGAGAUAUAUUAGCAACUGAAUAUCUGCUGUAUAUCGCUUAUAAAGCUACUUUUAUAUGACCGACUUCAUUUUCCGACUUUGCGCCACUAGCGCUACAUGGUGGUCCUCCAGAACUGAGGGCUGAUAUUACCAUAGAAAUAAUAAAACUGCUGGAGCUGGUCCCUGGUCAUGUAUUUUGCACGCGAGGGAGACGCGAUAAGGGCAUCAAGACAAUUUCUUUAAGUGGAACUAUGUUCUUAGCUCUACAUGGGGCUACACACAACUGAGAAGCACAUCUGGAACAAUUCAUUUUAGCUUAGUACGCUCAAUGUGGACAUCGUAGAGCUACUUUGCUCACAAUUCUAAUGUAGUCACUGGAUAUUAAUGCACUUUGUUGUUGUUUCAGAGCUAUCAGUUACAAGAAAAAUGCCAAAGGCAGAACAUCACUUUUUUUUAAAAAAUAGAGUAUGACCUUAAAGCUUAUGUUAUGUACCUGAAUGUACUGCCAGAUUCUUUUAACUGAAAUGUAUUUGUACUAUUUAAUUUUGCCUAAAAAGUGAAAUAUUUAUAAAACUUUAUAUUUAUAUAUAACAGUUAGGCUACCUAUUUUGCACUGUCCAAUAAAUAUGGUGUGUAUUUGUUAGACUGUACUUUUAUUCAGUAGAGAGAGAAGAAAUAAUCCAUUUUGGAGCAAAUAUUUUAAUGUUCAAGUAUUUUCAACUACAGUAUAUUGUGAUUGUGCCAGGUUUUAUUGAUAAAGUAUUUGAUAUAUGGGCUUAUUAUGCCUUGAAUUUCAAAUUGUUUUGAAGUGUACCUUCAUCAUGGAUUAUUCUGAAAAAUAAUGUCUGUGCUUUUGUGCGUGAGUGAAAUAAUUUGUGAAAUUAGUGCAAUAAAUUUGAGGAAAAUUUGCA